AUGUCUGCUUUUCUAUUAUAUCUGCUACAACUGCUACUACUGCUACUUGCUUUGCAAUGCAGUGAUGAACUUAAUCUCUGCAAUGCAGCAACUCUUGUUCCCAUUGCUGAACAUCCUGCUAAUUGCAUAGAGAGUGAAAGAAUGGCCCUUCUUGACUUCAAGAAGAACAUCACUGAUCCAAACAACCACCUAUCUUCUUGGGUGGGACAAGAUUGCUGCUCAUGGGAAGGAGUGUAUUGUGACAACCUCACUGGCAAUAUUGUUGGACUGGAGCUCAAUGGUCCGGAUCCAAUAUUUUCUUCAGACAAGUAUUACUUGCAGAUGACAGGUGAGAUCUUUCCAUCUUUGCUUCAACUUCAACACUUGAACUACCUUGACUUGAGUUGGAAUGACUUCAGUGGAACAAGCUUUCCAUCAUUCAUCAGCCAGUUCAAGGAGUUGAAGCACCUCAACCUCUCCGGAGUUGGCUUUCAGGGAUCCAUUCCUGCUGAUUUUGGAAACUUAUCAAGCUUGCAGACUCUGGACCUCUCAUACAAUACUCUUGUGAUUUAUGAUGAGCAUGCAGACCAUGAAUGGCUGUCUCAUCUCACUUCAUUGCAACACUUGGAUUUGACUCAAAACAACAUUGGCAACUCAUCUAUUGGCUUGUUCCUAGCUCUCAACAAGCUUCCUUCCAUAAGUGAGCUGCACUUGUCCAGAUGUAAUUUAGAAAAGCUUCCUCUUUCCUUUCCUCAUCUCAACUUCUCAUCUCUAUCCAUUCUUGAUCUCUCUUACAACAAUAUCAAUUUCUCAGGUAUUUCCUGGGUGUUCAACAUCAAGAGCCUUCAAUAUCUAGACCUCUGUUCCUUUGCUCCCCUCCCCACCAUUUUCCCUUCUUCCAGAGCAUAUAUUAAUAAGAUCCAACCCAUUGAGAUAAGCAUACCUGAAAUCUUAGGCAGUCUUUGCAGCUUGCAAACUUUAGACCUGUCUUGGUUCAAUAUCAGCAAGACACUUGUUGAACUUGGCGGUGUUUUCUCCGACUGUCUUAAGCAUAGUCUCACUCAUUUAUACUUAACAGGUACAUUUCUUAAAGGAGAUAUACUAGACUGGAUUGGAGACAUCAAGAAUCUCAAGGUUCUCGAUCUCUCACAUAACUCGCUCUCCGGCUCUGUUCCUUCAUCCCUGUCAAGGCUCACUUUUUUGGAGGAAUUACAGCUAUGUUAUAAUCAACUUACAGGAACAUUACCAGAGGAGAUUGGAAAUCUUGCACAGCUAGAUUAUAUGAACCUUGCUCAUAAUCAGCUGAGUGGUGUUAUAUCUGAAGCACACUUUAAUCAACUUGAGAAAUUAGAAACACUUGAUAUUUCUCAAAAUUCAUUAGAUUUUCAAUGUCCUUUACCAGAUCUCCACAUGCAUAGCCCAAUGGUCAAUUACAUAGAUUUGUCUUAUAACUCCUUUUCAGGUCCUAUCCCUCGAAUUAUGCUAAAUGAUACAUUUUCUUCUAAUCUUCACAUCUCAAUUUCAAUGAACAAAUUAAAUGGCAGUGUUCCUGAUUGGUUGUGCCAAAUGAUGGAAAAAAUUGAAGGCAUUGAUAUCUCUAAAAACCAUUUAUCAGGUGAGCUCCCUCAUUGUUGGUUAGAAUCAUCUAUUGUAUUAUAUAUAAAUUUGGCAUACAACAAUAUAUCCGGAGCUAUACCAGAUUCAAUAGGUCAUCUUCAUUAUCUAAACUCACUGCUGUUGAACCACAAUAAAUUGUCUGGUGAACUCCCUAAUUCCCUAAGGAACUGCAGUCAAUUGCUCGCUCUUGAUCUCAGCUACAAUAAUUUCACUGGAAGCAUACCAACAUGGAUAGGAGAACGCCUAUCAAUGUUAACUGUUCUCAUCUUAAAGCAGAAUGCAUUUGUUAAUAACAUCCCUCAGGAAAUUUCUCAACUUGAAUACUUGCAAGUGCUCGACUUGUCAAGCAAUGAUCUCUCAGGUCCUAUUCCAAAGAGUUUGAGCAACUUGACUUCCAUGCAAAUGCUUCCAAAGACUACUCAAGAGUUUUCCAAUUUUCUCCAACACAAUGAAACCAUGUUCUUGAGCCUCAGUGGAAGAGAAGAUGAAUAUGGUGAAUAUCGCAUUGGAUAUAUAAAAUACAUCGACUUUUCCAAUAAUGAGUUGUCAGGAAGCAUCCCCGAAGAGCUAGCAAGUUUGGAUGGUCUUCAAAGUUUAAACCUUUCUGGAAAUACUUUGCAAGGUAAGAUUCCAGACAAAUUGGGUAGAAUGAAACAAUUGCAAUCACUAGACUUGUCAAGGAACAAGCUGUCAGGGAGCAUACCUUCAACUUUAGCAAACUUGACUUUCUUGGGCCUCUUCAAUGUAUCUCACAACAAUUUGUCUGGAAGAAUACCAUUAGGCAACCAGUUCAACACAUUUGCAGAUCCUUCCAUUUACACUGGAAACCAUCUUUGUGGGUUCCCUCUGAGUGACAAUUGCACUAAAGAUGGUGGAACAAGCAAGGAAGGGCCAAAAGAUGAUGAACCUCAAAUAGAUGAAGAUGAUGAUGAUAUCAUGUGGCUGUACAUUGGAUCCAUGUCAGGAUUUGCAGUUGGGUCCUCUGUUGUUUGGAUUAUCUUGGCACUGAAGAAGAAAUGGAGACAUGCCUACUUCCGUUCUGCAGACAAUACUUACGACAAAAUCUGCGUUUUUGUUGUUGUGAGGUUCAGAAGGAUGAAGAAGAAGUUCAUGCCAAACAAUUAA